AUGCCAAGUGAUUCAGAUUCAGACCGAAGUAAUAAAUACCGAAAAAAGCAUUAUCGACGAUCCAGAUCGAGCAGUUCAGAUUCAUCCAACAGCUCUUCAAAUCAUAAACGAUCUUCAAAAUAUUCUAAAUCUCGACGUCGAUAUAGAUCUCGCUCAAGAAGCCGUGACGAUCCUCGACCUAAAAGUAGUUACAGAUCUUCUCCAGGAAGUUCUAAAAGUAAAGACAAACGGAGAUAUAAAGAUCGACGAAGAUCCAAGUCGAUAUCACCUGUGCGAUCAAAUAGUAGAAAGAUACGAUCACCAUCUCGGGAAAAGUCAACAAGUCGCUCAAGUAGCGUUCAUUCUAAUAUUAAAAUUCCAUUAGAAAAAGCUGUUAAUAUUCCAGUUAAAGAUGAAUUUACAAUCGAACCACGAAUUAAGGAAUCUAUAUUAGAAGAAAUUAAUGCUGACAGUUUUGUACCGAAAAAAUUUACUUCCAACGCCCAAGUAAAAGAAAAAAAAUUAAUUAAAAACCAUGUAAUUGAUCUCACAGGUGACAAUGUUAAAGUACCAAUAGUAUCUAAUCCUUCAGUUGUCUCCGAAAGUAUAUUUCAUAGCUCGAUUUUAAUGGAUCAAACAGUACGUUAUGACAAAUGGGUGAAGAAAUUGUAUAAUUUACGACAAAAAGCUAUAUCAGAUUUGAUGUCUAUCACUUGA